CUCAUCAUGCAAAGUAGGGAACAGUUUUUCAAGAGCUUAGGCAAAAAUACUUCAAGUCAUCUAGAGGUGCAUGGAUCAAAGUUUAAAAACAUUCUCAAUUAGAUCAAACAAAUAGUGUACAUACUACACUGCCAAGAAUAUCACUGGAAUUGGAUGCUGUUUGUUUACAGGCGGUCAGUUCAAAACCAUCCUGGUCGCUCGCAGUACGUUACUUCUGUAUCGUAUUAUAUUCUACUUAGUUAAUGAUUAUGGGGACAUGUGAGGUUUAUCGUUCUUUCCCUUCGGAAUCUAAGGACAACGACCAAAAAGUCAACAAUUUUCCUAUUAGAGAAUCGAGCGUUUUGCAUGUAGUUAUUUCAGAAUCAGAACUAACAGAAUUGCCAUUACCAACUUAUGUUUGCGAGUUAUGCGGAAUCAAAGUGAAAACAAAAGCUAACUUACGGGCUCAUCAGAUUAAAACUCAUAAGAUCAUGAAGAAUGCAAAAGACGUAGCAUUUUAUUCCAAGCAAAGGUAUAAUGUUAGUUAUAUCUAUCAUUGCCCUGUGGCUACAUGUAAACACAAUAUUGGUUUAGGCGGUGGAUUCAGCACUUACUGGAGAUUAAAACAGCAUUACCAGCAUGUUCAUAUGCAGAAAAGUUACCAGUGUAACAAAUGUAAACAUUUCUUCCCUACUCCCUCAUAUCAUGCCUAUCAUCAAAAACUAUGUGGAGCAACGUAUUCUUGUUCACUUUGUUUCAGGUCUUAUUCAAGUAAAAAGCACUUACUUCAGCAUUACCGAAGAAGUGGGCACAGUAACACUUUAUCUCUUAAUUCUAUUCCUAAAGUCGAAAAUACUCCAAACAGAUCGCCUUCGAAGAAUACAUCAAUUCCAAGCUCGUAUGUUGCACGUAAUCCUAUCCCUCCUAGUGGAUCAUGUGGCCCAUUAGUUCUCCCACUUCUUAUUUUACCAGUUACUGUACCUAACGUAAGUGAUGUGAAUGUAGAAAAUCUGAACAGCAAUGUUUUGGGGUGUUUAAAUAUGAACUUUUUAUAUACAAGUGCUCUUUCGGCUCUUCGUACACUUUCAACACAAAUCUUUCCGAAUCCAAAUGUCCAGGUUAAUCUCUCUGAAUCUGCAAUAAAUUCGAGCGAUACGUCAGUGGUUUUAAAACCCGAUUUAGGAAAUUUCUGCAAUCUUUACGCAGUCCCUGUAAACAAUUCUUCUUUGGAGGCCUCAACACAAACUGAACAGUUAUAUACACCGAUCACUGUAUCACAACCAUGCUCUCAUACACUCCAGACACACGAACUUGUGUCUGUGAACACAUGCACCGAUGAGGAUGACAUCAGUUCAUUCAUUGGUGGUCUCUUCUGUAAUGCUGCAGUAGAAGCCAAUCUUCCUCACGCAAGUACAGUAUAUGAUAACUACGAAGUUAGACAAGAACGAAAGUUGUCUUACGAGACAAAACAGGUCACAUUGGGUCCCCUCAACGAACACCACCCUUGUUCAUCACUAAAACCAACCAAAAACUCGGUUCAGUCGAGCGACUAUAUCUCUCUUACUGGGUGCUCAAAUAAUGGUGUGGAUCAAGAAAUUCAAGCAAGGUUGCUACCACUACGUGAAAACGCUGCUAUGCAGACCGAUGUUAUGGAAAAUUUAAAUGCUGAAAUUGCUACUCAUUAUCCUCACUCCGAUCACAGUACUUACUUUACUCCAAGCAGAAUGCUUGAAACACCACCUCCUCCUAUGUUACAAAGUACUGUUUCACUUGGAACUCAUUUAAGUACUGCAUGCCAAACUUUACAUCGUUUGCUGAAUGAAGCGAAAAUUUCAGACAACCAAUCUCCUCUUAUGGAGAUAUUAAACAUGGAUACAACAACAGAUUCCGGUACUCGGGCUUGUGUUAAUGUAAUAAAUUAUUCUGGUUAUGAAUUACCUGGUUCGACGGAUCCAAUGUUACAAUGCUCAUCUACAUCAUCUAUCAAAAAUUCUGUACAAACUAAUACUGUACCCACUUCCUGUGAUAAUUCACAGUAUUGCAAUUUGAACACCGUGGAAACAACAACGCAGCAUGAUUGGUCAGCUAAUGUAGAUUUCACUCACAAUCAAACUCAAACAAUUGAUGAAGAUAUAGAAUUGUGGUUGAACAGUGUUGAAACACAAACAAAUCUAGCGUUAUUUGAUCCCAGCUUCUUUUCAGAUAUAUGUGUUGGAGUGGACGAUGAUUUUUUCCAGUCCUAGUUCAUCCUACAAAAAUAGUUUGUUUUAUUCAAGACUUGUUAUCACCACCUAUGUGUACCAUUUAUGUCACGUGGACUAGCUUGAUUUCAGUGACUUGACAACAUCUCUUCCUACCAUAUCAUUGCAUACAAAGGAUAUAUAUAUAUAUAUAUAUAUAU